GUCGGAUCUUCACUACCAACGGUCGAAUGCGGGUCCUCGAUUUAAAGUUUAAAAAAGCCAAAUCUCAACGGUCACGUAUGAUUCGAUGUGAAGCAAUGCAGUAACAAUAUUUGAUUACCCACUGCCUACCCGCCUCUCUAGUAGCUUUGGAAAAUCGGUCCCGGUAGUUCAGACAUACCCAACGCCUCACAACGUAUCUUUAGAAUUAAAGUGGAAAUAAAUAUAGCCGUUACAAUGUCACUUGAUUUUGUGCCUUCUUUAUUUCACCACCUUCCUGAUCUCCCUAUUACGUAGCUACAGAGAAGGAAAAGGAAAGAGAGAAGAACUCUUGCGUUCUCUAAUCUCCGUUCUCAUGGCUGCAACAUGUGCGAGAUCGCCUUCUCCCAAUCCAUCAAGGCCAAGAACACCCGACAUGGCCAUCUCCAGGAAGAGCUGCUCCUCCAUCCCAUCAUCCUUCACCGAGUCCUCCCCCCUGAGGAAUCACUGUUGCCGAUCGCCUUCCCCGACUCCACGUGCGUCUGCUCACAAGGAGAACGAGAGGGACUUCAACAGAGCCUCCAGGCCGAUGGCCACCAAGGCGGUGUCUUCUUCUUCCUCCAAAUCUGGGGGAAAGAACUUCAUGUCUCCCACGAUCUCCGCCGCUUCUAAAGCCGUCACAGCGUCUCCCAGGCGGAAAAUUCUUGCUGAGAAGAAUGAGGCAGCCGUCGCAUCCUCCGUCCGAUCUUCUCUCUCAUCGCUUCCUGAUGAGUCUCCGGUCAUAAUGGAGGAGGCUCCUGCUGAAAGGGAAGUUGGUGCCGGCCCUCUGUUAAAUCAAAAUUUGUGGGAGGCUGGUGAUUCAUCAGAAAUAUGCAGCGAGCAAGAGGAUGUAGAACUCGAGGUCAAGAAUCAUCGAGUCUCUGGUGCGCUAUCCUCCCCCUGCUCAUUCUCUCGGUCAACAUCCACGACAACAGCUGCUAUUGCUUCUUUGGAUGCUGAUCCAAUUCUUCCUCCUUAUGAUCCUCACACCAAUUACCUCUCUCCAAGGCCGCAGUUCCUUCACUACAGGCCGAAUCCACGCAUCGAGCAGUAUUGGCUUGAUGAGAGUGGAUUAAUUGAGGUGGGUGACGGCAAGCGUCUAGAGGAUAGCUUUUCAUCUGAGAGCUGUGAUAACUCAGAGGAGCAAAAUGAGGAAGAAACGUCCUCUAAUCUUCAGAAGGAAUGCGAGGACGUGCCCGCCGCCUCUGAUGAAGAAGAUAUUGCUGCAAUCCGUGCUUCUGAAUCUGAAUCCAAAAUCAAAUCGAGCGGUGUAGGUCGAUCAUUUUUGAAAUAUACCUUUGCUUCCUGUCUCCUUGUCUCUGUCAUUGCUUGCCUACUUGGCUCCUUUGGAGGAUAUCCUGUUCUGUCACCUACAGUAUUGAAACUCCCAACAAGUAGACAAGCCAUCGAUCAUUUGCAUAUGAGUGAAUAUAUAUCUGCUGUUAAUCUUGCGGAAGUGUGUCGGAGAUUGGGUCUUUGGUCAUUUGAAGCUGUUGCUUAUCGUACCAGAGUGAAUGCCAUGCCCAGGCAAGAAUUUGGUCCCAUUUUCCUAGCUAAUUUUACAUCCUCAAAUUUAGAGCAGAGAUUAGACAUAAUCCAUAGUGGAACAGUUCCAAGCAACGAGCUGAUUAGCGAGGAGACUGGAAAGGGGCAGCCUUUCAGUGUUCCAUUAGACUAUAGGACUGAGAGUAGUGAAAUGGAGCAAACUUAUCUGAAAGUUGAUGUACCAUUAGAAGAUGAGGCCGUGAGCAAUGAAGUGGACACACCUUUUGAUGGAGCUAUGGAAAUACUUGAAUUAGACGUUCCAUUAGGAGAGCCAUGGGAUGAAACAUUGGCCGGCCAUGAGAGUGGUGAUGCAAUAUAUUUAGCCAAAGAUUUGGAUGAAAAUGAUGACACUUUGGAGGCAGAAACUGGGCCUGAGCUUCACCAAGAUAUGGAAAAAUCUAGUCUUUCUGAGUUUGAGAGUUUGGAGAAGACUGUCCAGGAUGAUAGCAACAAAAUGGAAGUGCGUGGAGUUGAUGAUGAAUAUGAGCAUGUUGUUGAGGUGAAACAGCCCAGAAAUGGACAGGAUAAUCCUCCUGUUUCUGCGAUUGAACAUGAAGCGGCGGAAAGUCAAGUUGAUAGUGCGAGUGUAUUCUCGGCUUCUCAAACACAGUGUUCUAUUGCUGAGGAGACUCCUUUGGCAUCGAAUGAUGAAGGGAUCCCUAGUAUUCAUGAGUUGCAUGCACUUUCAGCCUAUACAAAUGAUGGUAAAGUGGCAAUAGGGUUAUGCUUGGCCAUUCUUCUGCUUGUUGCAUCUAUUAUGUUUUUUAUUAUGAAGCAGAAGAAGCCCACACCUUCAGUGAAUGAGCUUGAGGUACCAAAAGAAAAGGAGGUGCUCUCUAAAUCUGCAUCCGGCAGUAGUGAGAGCUACGGACAUGCUAGAGGAUCACCUUAUGAAAAUACCCCAGUGGAUACACUGUUAGCAGAAUCUGGUCCUUUGGAAUUUAGCAGCAGCUUGAGGCAAAGCACCUCUAUCCAGCAUAGAACCACUAGCAAGAACAACGAAGAAGAGACUUUAAGCCACGAGAAGAGAAGGCUGAGGAGGGAUUCUACAGUAUCUUCCUCUUCAAUGUCUUAUGGAAGCUUCACUUCAUACGAGAAGUUCUCUGCUAAAAAGAAGGGCAUUAGAGAUGACGACGAGGUGGUUACUCCGGUGAGAAGAUCAAGUAGGAUCAGGAACCAAAUUGCUUCUCCAUGAGGAGAUGAUGAGACUCUUCCAAUGACACUUACAUUCAAGUUUGGAUUGUUUAGUAGCUGACUUUGCUAAUCUGCAUUCAUUGACGUAACUUUAGUCUACAAACAUGCUGUGAGGUAGGUAGUUGAUGAGGCCAGCUUUGUGCUGUUCUUUAGUUUGGGCUUGACUUGCGUGUUUGCAAACUUUCAUAUAUGUAUUCCCUGGAAUUAACAGCACUAGGAAAAAGACCUUUGCUUGUGUUUCUACUGAAUAUUUUUUUCACAAUGUUAAUUGAAUCUUGAUUGUGUUAUCUGAA